AUGUUACUUAAAAAAAGUGUUAUUACACUCAUAUCUGAUAACGGUCCAGACUGGUGCGCUGAUUGUACGGCGAACAUUUAUAAUUUAGGAAGGUUUUCGGAAGAACAAAAGCUAGAUGCACUAAUUUGGGUUAGCUAUGCUCCAGGACAUAGUCGCUUUAAUCCAAUUGAACGUAUGUUGUUAAGAUUGACCGACUUAUUACAAGGUGUUAUUUUUGAUCUGGAUCCCUCAUUUAAAGAAAAAUCGCAACAAGCUGAUAUGGCAUUAGUUGAAUUAUGCAAAUACUGGAAUGAUUAA